GAGGGGAUUCAUAAAGUCACCAAACAAGACCGAGCCACCAUCAGUCUUGUCUUAUCCUACCUCUUCUUCCUCCCUCCAUCUCUAAGUCGCCAUGUCGACCAGUUCCACAAAUAUCAAGCGAUUCACAAGGGAGGAAGUUGCAAAGCAUAACACUGAGAAUGACCUCUGGAUUAUCAUAGACUCGAGAGUGUACGACGUUACACGUUUCAAGAACUUGCACCCUGGAGGGGCAUUUGUAUUCCUAGAAGAGAGCAUCCCCGGGCAGGAUGCGACUGAUGCUUUCUUUGGCCUUCAUCGUUAUGAAGUCCUUGAGCGUCCGCAGUAUAAGCGAUUACAGGUCGGGUUGAUAGAGGGUGAAGAGCCUGAGAUUCAUGGCAAAAUAAACGGAGAGCUCAGCAAAGUACCAUAUGCGGAACCCACAUGGCUAGUAGAGGGAUAUCAUAGCCCGUACUUCACGGAUAACCAUAGACGUUUCCAGAAGGCCAUUAGGGAGCUCUUCGAUGAGUAUGUCUACCCAGAUGCCCAAGCGCGAGAAUUGGAUGGUAAACGUCCCUCACAGAGUGUUAUUGACAAGAUGGCGGAACUCAAUAUUCACGCGAUGCGUAUGGGACCCGGCAAGCACCUUAAGGGCCUCACGCUUAUGAAUGGAUUGGUUAAACCUGAAGAGUACGACUAUUUCCACGAACUCAUUAUCUCACAAGAAGUCGUUCGCUGCGGCGCCCGUGGGUAUGGUGACGGUCUCCUAGGAGGUUGCGUCAUCGGACUUCCACCUGUGCUCAACUUUGGCUCGCCUGAGCUUAAAGCCAAAGUGGUUCCUGAAGUUUUGAGCGGGAAGAAGUUCAUUUGUUUGGCCAUCUCGGAAGCACACGCAGGUAGCGACGUGUUUGGUUUGCAGACGACUGCAACUAAGACUGAGGAUGGCAAAUACUGGAUCAUCACCGGGGCAAAGAAGUGGAUUACGAACGGAACUUUCGCAGACUACUUCACAGUCGGCUGUAAGACAGAGGACGGCUUCACAGUGAUUCUCGUCGAACGUGGCGAAGGCGUCGAAACCAAGCCCAUCAAGACGUCUUAUUCUCCCACGGCCGGAACAGCUUACAUCACCUUCGACAACGUCAAAGUCCCAGUUGAGAAUACGCUUGGUCAAGAAGGCGGAGGCAUUUUCGUGAUGUUGAGUAACUUCAAUCAUGAGCGAUGGGUUAUGUGUUGUGCGAGCGCAAGGAGUCAGAGACUGUUGAUAGAUGAGUGUCUCAAAUGGACGUGCCAACGUAAAGCCUUCGGAAAGCCUCUGCAUUCUCAAGCCGUCGUUCGAGCGAAGAUGGCUGGAAUGAUUGCCAGAACUGAAGCCGUACAAAGUUGGUUGGAGAAUAUAACUCACCAGAUGUGUCAUAUGUCAUACAAGGAACAAGCGAGCAAGCUCGCAGGACCGAUAGCCCUGUUGAAAAUGUUCAGUACACGUUGCGCUCAACAGUCUUCCACCGAUGCCGUUCAAAUAUUUGGAGGUCGCGCUGUGACACAGUCAGGCAUGGGUCGUUUCAUCGAACAUUAUCACCGAGCGGUACCCUUCGACGCCUUGUUGGGUGGGGCCGAGGAUGUUCUUGCAGAUUUGGGAGUCAGACAAGCCAUACGAAACAUGCCCAAGAAUGCUCGUCUAUAGAAGUUCAUGCCAGACAUUUUUGUCAUCAAGAACGUUACAUCAUAUCUCUUACAUCCGGUUAUAUCGUAUUUAUCUAUCGUUAUCGUUACAUCUGUCAUUACUCGUCAAGAUCUGGUAUAGAUGUCUAUCAAUCCGUCCAUUCCGCUGAAUCAACCACAAUUUGAUUCCUUCAUCCAUUCAUUCACGCUCAGUCUUUUGUCGCCUUCGCAGCGUACAGGAUAUCGUCGAAAGUGAUGGAAGACCGGUCACACAUCCCUCGGAAGAUGCUAUCUGUUUGCUUGUACAAGUUCUUGGGGGUGUCAAACUCUGCAAUUUGGCCUGCAUCCAUGACGCAUAUCCUGUCGUAGCCAAUAAUCGUUCGAAGACGAUCUACGCGUCAAGUUCGGUCAGUAAUGAGGAGGGAUGUGGUGUAAAGUGAACGUUCUACUGACGUGCAAUGCAGAGGAUUGUCCGGUCAGCGAACUCCGUCGCAAUGGUGUCUUGAAUCUUUCUGUCAGUCUCAUAAUCGACAGAUGCUAAAGGAAUAGUAACAUUAGUGACAGUACCUAACAUGAGUUGGGUGACAUACCAGUAGCCUCGUCAAGAAUCAAAACUUUGGUAUUGAU